CUGGGCAGCGGGGACGCUGGAUGAACUGGGCGUCAUUUGGGAUGAGGGGAAAACAUCCCGGUCGACUUGCAGAACACAACGGUUGGGGAUUACGCGUAGUGAGUUCUAUAUCUCGACGAUGAAAGCAAUAGUCAACCAUCACCCUGCGAUGUCACCUUCCAAUCGACAUUUUAAGCGACCACUUCGGGGGUUUUCCUAGCCGAGCUCCGAUGCGAGGGGAUACAUAAAGUAGCAGAGACGCCCUCCCGUUCUGCAACGAAGAUUUUGCCCUGCACGGCUCACCAUCCCGGGUUUUGACCUCAAUCCCUUCUAGCCUAGCUGCAACACCUCGCAGAUUGGUCCCUCGGUCUUCUCUUGCGACCAUCCUCUCAGCAAAGAUGCGUGUCAACUCCAUCCAGCUCGCCCUUGCCGGGCUCGCAGCUGUCAGCAAUGCCGUGCCUGUCAAACAGAGCGUCGACACCCAGAAGCCCAUCACCAAGCUUCAGCUUGGGCCACGCCCUUACUGGCUGGUUGACAGCCUCGAGGACAGCCCUCUCAAGACUGAGCUUGAGCAGUGCAAAGAGAUGGAGAUGAAGCCCACCGCCUGGUCCAUCGGACACCGAGGUGGUGGCACCAUGCAGAUUCCGGAGCACUCAAUAGAGUCCUUCCUCGCUGGAACGCGAAUGGGAGCCGGUAUCCAGGAGUGCGACGUAGCAUUCACCAAGGACCUGGAGCUCGUGUGCCGCCACUCACACUGCGACCUGCACACCACAACCAACAUCGUUGACAUCCCCGAGCUCAACGCCAAGUGCACCACGCCCUUCCAGCCCGCGGACCCGGCAACCGGCAAGACCGCCACGGCAAAGUGCUGCACCAGCGACAUCACCAUCGCCGAGUACAAGACGCUCUGCGCCAAGAUGGACGGCUCCAACCCCAACGCCACCACAACGGCCCAGUACCUCAAGGGCACGCCGACGUGGCGGACGGACCUGUACUCCAACGAGUGCGCCAAGGUCCUGACCCACAAGGAGAGCAUCAAGCUCAUCGACAGCCUGGGUCUCAAGUUCACCCCCGAGCUCAAGACCCCCGAGGUCCCCAUGCCCUUUGCCGGCGACUACACCCAGGAAAAGUUCGCCCAGCAGAUGAUUGACGAGUACAAGGAGGCCGGCAUCGACCCCUCGCGCGUCUACCCGCAGUCGUUCCUGUACGCCGACAUCCUGUACUGGCUCAAGGCCGAGCCCGAGUUCGCCAAGCAGGCCGUCUUGCUGGACGAGUCGGCCGACGCUCCCGGUGCGUUCCCCGGCGCCGUCGCGAACCUGACCCGGUACGCCGCCGACGGCGUGCCCAUCAUCGCACCCCCUCUGCCCUACCUCGUCACUGUUGGCAAGGACGACAGCGGCAAGGAGAAGCUCGUGCCUUCGAUCUACGCCACCGAGGCCAAGAGGCUCGGCAUGAAAAUCAUCGCCUGGACGGCCGAGAGGUCCGGAUGGGUUGGCAACGCUGCCCGCUCGGGCGACUACUACUACGCCACUGUGGCAAACUACACCAAGAAGGACGGUGAUGUUUACCAGGUUCUGGACGUCCUAGGCAGGGAUAUCGGCGUCCUGGGAGUCUUCUCUGACUGGUCGGCCACCGUGACCUACUACGCCAACUGCUUUGGUCUGUUCCCUUGAAAGAUUUUUGAAGACAUGACGUUAUGAUAGAAUAUAGACUAGUCUAAACUAGCAUGUACCUAAAAUAUUGCCAGGCCAAGCCAGGCAAGUAAUAUAGAGCUUGAGAAGAACGCGAAUCAGCCGUCGCCGCAUUAGCAGACACCUGUAGCCCUCAAGUGACCAC